AUGUUAUCACCACAUACAGAUGAUGUUGCUCCGGAAUCGCCAAAUAGCGACUCGCUGGAGUCGACCACACUCAAACCCCUUGACACGGUUUUGGUGACGAGAGACUACCAAUCAUCAGCCAGCAAUGUGUUGAGCAUCGCAGUCGGUGACAUUUUGCAGGUGUUGUCGAAGUCGAGUACUGGCUGGUGGGAUGGUGUUAUGGUGGACUGGACCGGGGAAACUGUCCGCGGAUGGUUCCCAUCCACAUAUUGCCGGCCUGCUACAGUAGAGACGGCAACACGUGUGGGUGCCAGCGGAGAGGUAACCACAACUGUUGUGGGUAUAUCCGCUUCUCGAAAGAACAGUACCGUGUCGUUUGCGAGUUCGGAACGAAGUUUUGACUCUGGAACUGGCCCGAAAACGACCUCUGGGACGACAUUAUCCCGUCCGUCGUAUUCAUCGCAGCUCAAACACUCCAUCACAUCAACGACUUCAUCGCUAGAGUCUCUGACGCGGCCCCGAGCCGUUUCUGCGGCUGAUGUGGAGAUUUUUUUUAACAAUGGCGUUCCGGUAACUGCCGGAAAGUCCUCUACUGAGCUCACACCGAACUUUGCUCCGUCAUGGACGCCAUAUUUAACUGAGUCAGAGCGACUUGUGUACUACAAUGCCCGAUUAAACGUGGUGACAGCAAGCCUGCCUUUCGUGGAAAUGCCAUAUGUGGAUGCCAUGACUGAUUUUGACGUUCCGGAGGCCAGCAUCGUUGAUCGGAUGGAUGCGAUCUCCAUUUCGGGAAUAUCAGAGCGCGAUGACGAAUCUCAAUCUGAAAAACUCAACUACCAGAGUAUGCCUCUUCAGCGAGUGAGCUUGGGAUCUGAGGGCUCAGGACCCUAUUCGCAUGACUAUUCUGACCGUGGGGUUAUGCUUUGCGAGCCGGAUGCAUUCUACUACGAUCCCGCUGAUAUUCGCAAUUGGAACCAAAUGAAGGCAGUGGUUACCAUUAUGGUGGAUUUCUCGCUAGAUGCGUUGAAAAAGGAAUCCAAAGAGCUGUUUCUGUCCCAUUUGGGUACUGUAAGUCGACUGGUGACGCUGCUCCAGCUAAGUGCACGGCUGUUGCACCGCGAACUGGCUAUCAAUGCAGUGGAAACCGCUGUUAAGAGGUCUGUCAAACGCAUCAUGGCCUCGUUGCUCCAGCUAACCGUCAAUGGAACGCUCCAUCUCACUGCGAAUAAAAGCUCGCCCCAUUUUAUGGGAAACCUGGAGAGCGGGUCCAGCAGCAGUGAUGACCGCGAAAAGCAGGAGCUAGACCUGUAUUUAGAACGCGCAGAAUACGAUGCCCACCAGCUCCAGCGGAGAUCCGCGUCUUUGUGCGAUCUGUUCUUGACUCUGGAGCUGUCCAGUGGAAAGCCCAACUUCUACAUGCCCCAAGUGUAUCCUCGGUUUCUUAAAGAUGAGUUUGAUGGUGGUUUUUUCACUAAUCCUAUUUUCCAGGGUGAGGAAACCAGCAGAAAGGUAUUUGGACCUCGGAUCUUAUUGGACGACGAUGCCAUUAAGACGCUAGAGAACAAAAAGGCGGAACUCGAAAAGUUACUGGACGAUGUAAUUGUGGUAAUCACCACGCCGGUGCCAAUGGAUACACCUGUGAACCAGUUUGAAGAGGAACGGAGCAUCAGCACAACAACUUUGAUAUACCACGCGAUGCCCGCGAUCAACCGUGUGAUGCAGAUCUUGGAAUCGCUGGAUUUCACAUUUUUCGUGAUGCUACGGAAACUCUUGGCAAAUGCAAACGAGAGGCAGAGCACUGAGAAGGAGACGUUUGGCUUUGACACUCAAUCAGACGUUGAUCUUGAUUAUCAGAAAGAGUUUGAUUUCGAACAGCAUAGGUCUGAUGAUGAAGAAGAGCCGGAAUCGGGUAUAGACUCCGAGCCUUUGGCUGAAUCGUCAACAGAUUUGGAGCAAGGGCCGAUCUCGGAAUCGUUUUCAUCGUUUCCGCCCCAUAGCCAGACAACUUCCGGCUCAAACACUCAUUUCUACGAGGCCUCAAUGAAGAUGAUCGAGCCCACAGUUGAGGAGUUUCUGGAGGCCAAACAGCAGCUCUAUGACAAUUUUGUGGAGUUAGUGAUUGACGCACAAACACUGACUUUGGAUGACCCAGAAGCGUUCAAAGGACUAGUUGAAGACCCUCAAAUCGACUAUAAUAAAUCUCUGAAAGACACAGAAAUUGAGCGUUUGGCCAAACAACUGGAAGAGCGUCUGAUAGCCCAUGAUCUUGAAUGCUGCGAGUCAGGCAUCAAUGAUUUUGAUGUUUUGACGAAGCUAGCGGACACCAUCGGAAAAACAAAGUUGCGUUUGAGCGCAAUCAUUGAGGUGUCUGUAUUGCUGAAGGAGCAGAGAUCCAAGAUCACCACCUAUCUCUCCCGGUUGAUGGACUCCGAUUUCGACGUGGCAGCGCUGUUUGUGGCUGAGCGCCAUAACACGAUGUACUCGAGCAUAGCUUCUUCUAUGACGGAUGACUAUCUCCAGGAUCGACAUGCAUACACCCGGGCAGAUGUCGAUUUGGAUGUACCGUGGUUCCUGGAGGUGAGCGACGAAGAGAGAGACCUCGUGUACGAUGCAAAUGGAAUCAAGGGUGGGUCCAAGACCGGCUUAGUAGCCAAGCUGUGCAACCCAGAUCACUAUGGAGAGGUUCGUGGCUCGUUCUCCAGUGUUGAUCAUGUCAAAUUGGCCGCAAAGGUUGACGACGUGGCGUUUGCUCAUGCUUUACUGCUAAUGUUCCGGACCAUCUUUCUACCUGAGGAGUUUCUGAAGGAAAUAAUAAGGCAAUACACCUUGGUCAUGCCAGAGGGACUUUCAUUCGAGGAAUACGAGCUCUGGACGGCUAAACGGUUAGUCCCCACCCAGGCGUGGGUCCAGGAGGUAUUGGAGACGCUAUUUUCAAGCUAUUGGAAUGUUCACUACUCGUCUCCACAGGUGAUGGAAACCUGGAAGGCUUUUGUCGCCGAUCAAGCAGCUUUGGGGGCUCCAAUUAGCACUGAUUUGGACAAUAAGGUCAUGACAGCCUUGGAAGUGAAAGACCAGGAGCGCUACAUCAAAAUAUUUGGCAGACAAAUUAUCCGAGAGCAGGAGCAAUCAAGACCACCAGCACCAUUACUUUUCAACCGGGUUAUUCUCAAACGAGGCAAGAUUUCGCUGCGCGAAAUCGAAGCCUUGGAGUUGGCUCGCCAAUUCUCGUUGAUUCAGUUUGAGUUGUACGAGAAAAUCAACGAGACGGAGCUUCUUUCACGAGCGUGGUCGCGCAAAUACGGCGAAAUUGGCGACUCGCCAAACAUCGCCAGUUUUGUACGGAAUUGCAACCAAAUCACGCACUUCACUUCGUAUAGUGUGUUACGAAAGACAGAUGCGCGGAAACGUGCGGAAAUUAUCAAAUACCUCAUUUUGGUUGCCGAAAAGUGUCUGAAACUGAAAAACUUUUCCACGAUGACAGCAAUUAUCUCCGGACUCGGUUCAACACAAAUCUCACGUUUGAAGAAGACGUGGGCGCUCGUUCCAAAGCACAUGGUGCGGAACUUCGAGCGUUUGGACAGUGUGAUGAGCUUUGGUAGAAACUACAGCGAAUACCGCAGCAUGCUGCGGUUUAUGGAGGAUGAUAAUGAGCCCUGUUUGCCGUUUUUGGGCAUGUACCUUUCAGAUUUGCGGUUCCUUGCUGAUGGAAACCGGGACUACCUUCAGGAUAAACAAACCAUCAAUUUUGGAAAGCGGCUCGGAUUAGCUAGGAUAAUAUCCGACGCAGUACGUCCCGCAAGGAGGCCGUUCAACUUUGAGAGGGUCGAAGAAAUCCAGACGUUUAUCCAGGAAUACUUUGAUGCUGUUCCUGACGAGGAGACUAUGUACCAGCUCUCUUUGAAGCUGGAGCCUAGGGUGGCUAUGGUGAAGGGAAUGUGA